AUGGGUUUCACCGACUUCGUCUCUGACGCCGGCCUGACUCUGGCCAACAACUACCUGGCCACUCGCAGCUACAUCGUUGGCAACGCCCCCAGCCAGGCCGAUGUUGUGACCUUCAAGGCCUUCAGCGCCGCCCCCGACGCUGCCAAGUACCCCCACGUUGCCCGCUGGUACAAGCACAUCGCCUCUUACGAGAGCGAGUUCUCUACCCUCCCCGGUGAUGCCUCCAAGGGCUUCACUGCCUACGGCCCCGAGUCCACUGAGCUCCCCUCCAACCCCAAGGACAAGCCCGAGGAGGAUGAGGAGGAGGAGGACCUCUUCGGCUCCGACUCCGAGGAGGAGGAUGCCGCCGUUGUCGCUGAGCGCAACAAGCGUCUGGAGGAUUACAAGGCCAAGAAGGCCGCUAAGCCCAAGCCCGCUGCCAAGUCUCUGGUGACCCUUGAGGUCAAGCCCUGGGAUGACGAGACCGACCUCAAGGAGAUGGAGGAGAACGUCCGCGCCAUUGAGAUGGAUGGUCUUGUCUGGGGUGCCUCCAAGCUCGUCGCCGUCGGCUUCGGUAUCAAGAAGCUCCAGAUCAACCUGGUCGUCGAGGACGAGAAGGUCUCCACCGAUGCUCUCCAGGCUCAGAUCGAGGAGGAUGAGGACCACGUCCAGUCUACCGACAUUGCUGCUAUGCAGAAGCUGUAA